UUGUCACUCCUUGAAAUGCAAUAAUCAGCUGUAUUCAAAUAAUGUCUAAUAUAAAUAUAACCUAGAAUGUGCACUCCUGAAAAAAGAAAAAUAUAGCAAAUUUGUAGUUUUUUUGUUGCAGGUUUUAUAGGUUUGCUGGUACCUUUGAGGCAUAUAUUUGGGAAUUUCUUAAUCGCUGUGAAUAUAGUGUGGAUGUUUGUUCAGUUCCGGAACAACGAAAAAUAUUCAAUUUUAUGGAUGUAUAGAUAUCAAGAAACCUGAAUGGUUUUGUGGGAAUAUCAAUCUAAGAUCCUGUGUAGGCGAGUAAGGGAGAUAGAGCAUGCGCGCGAUCUGCGCAUGGGUGCUUUUUUGGACUUACUCUUCAUUGGUUUGGACACUUGGCACAGUACAAUGGAGGCAGAUACUUUUUCAAGGACUGGUAAACUACAUUAUCCUUCAGACGUUUGUGGGCCGCUGUUUGAAGAAGAACUAGAGUUCUGGGGACUAGACGCCAAUCAAGUAGAACCUUGUUGUUGGAUGACAUACACGCAGCAUCGAGAUACACAAGAAACAUUAGCUGUCUUAGAUAGGUUAGACCUCGAUACCGAAAAACCUAGCGACGAAGAAAUAGCUAGGAAGUUCGGCUUUGAAGAGGAUUAUUUCAAAGGAACGUUGUCGUGGUGGCAGCUCACGAAGCCCAAAGUUUGGUCUCUGUUUGACGAACCAUACUCAUCAACGACAGCAAAGGUGAUAGGUGUGAUGUCUGUGUUCUUCAUAUGUGUGUCCAUCCUCUCGUUCUGCCUCAAAACCCACCCUGACAUGAAAGUGCCUGUGAUAGUAACCAAAAUUGUACGAACGCCGCCGAAUGGAACCGACUACUAUGCUGAUAAGGUGGACACAGAUGCUCACGUCGCCUUUUUCUACAUCGAAUGCAUCUGCAAUGCUUGGUUCACUUUCGAAAUACUCGUCAGAUUCAUCGCCAGUCCGAACAAAUGUGAGUUCAUCCAUUCCUCUGUGAACAUCAUCGACUACAUAGCAACUGCUAGUUUCUAUGCUGACCUGGUACUCCGUAAGUUUGCCUCCCAUCUGGAGAAUGCCGACAUCAUGGAGUUCUUCUCCAUCAUCCGCAUCAUGAGGCUGUUCAAGCUGACCAGACACUCAUCAGGCCUCAAGAUCCUGAUUCAGACUUUCCGGGCAUCCGCGAAGGAGCUCACGCUAUUGGUGUUUUUUCUGGUGCUCGGCAUAGUGAUCUUCGCUAGUUUGGUGUACUAUGCAGAAAGGAUACAGACCAAUCCAGACAAUGACUUCAAAAGCAUUCCGUUGGGGCUGUGGUGGGCACUGGUCACAAUGACCACGGUCGGGUACGGGGACAUGGUGCCGAAGACUUACAUCGGGAUGUUCGUGGGUGCCUUAUGCGCACUGGCAGGUGUGUUGACGAUAGCGCUGCCAGUGCCUGUUAUAGUUUCCAAUUUUGCCAUGUAUUAUAGUCACACACAGGCCCGAGCCAAACUUCCUAAGAAACGUAGACGAGUGCUGCCAGUUGAACCAACUCGGGGUCCCCGGAUACCUGGCGUGACGGUACCGGGUGCUCCUACGGGAUGUCCGACUGCUCCUGGUGAUCCUACCCGAAGGAUGAACGCAGUCAACAAGACCAAUCAUCCCAAGGACAUGCUCGGAGUACCCAUGCCGAAAAUCGAUAAGGAAAGGUGCCAUUCCAAUUUGCACUCAAAUGGCAUGAAAAAUAGUGAACCGGUUGAAUAAUACGAGGGGACUGAUAGGGGUGACGUCAUCCCUAAAUCCAAACGGAGUUGGGCUCGAGUCAAAUCCAGCGUUUUUGAUGGGCAAACCAAAGUUCGAGGGGGCGCCUCCUGCCAAAGCUCCAGCACAGCCUCAGCAGCAUCCAGCAGCGGGGGGGAUCAGCACAGGCGACGUAGCCACGUCAACGAGUGUCACGACGACAACGGCGCCCCCGCCGCCCGCAGAGAAACCUACGCAGGUGACACUGGCACAGGGUUCAGGACAGUGUUAUACGACGACAGUGAACUCGUCUAACUGACAGAUGAGCGUGACGUCCAUUGUGUACAUGUUGUAGUUCCAAUUUGAGAGAGGCUAUUCUUGAAGAGAUGGCGAAGCUUCUGAAGUAUGCCUUGUAUUUAUACUACUUACAGCAUUCCUUGCUUCUAUGCAAGUACCAAAAUGGUAAAUACCGUACGCCUCUACUAACACCUUUGCGCGCCUUUGUGUGCAUUUGCGCGGCUCGCACCAUAUUCAAAGAUACACUUGUGUGUGCUCCUUUCCACUUUGGUACUUGACUAGUAACAAUUUGAUUCUAAGUCACGUUCGACCCUUAGCUUGGUGAGCACCAACCAAGGGUAUUCAAAGCUAGAUUAGUCUCUUGCUGAUAAUAUAUGAAAUUGGUAAGUUCAGUGGUUCCGCGGAAGUGUGUAGCUUUGAUAGUAGAAAUAUCAUCUUAUCAUUUACAUACACAACACCUGGAGUUGUCAAUUUUGAUCAUUAUCAGCAAAAAGAUAUUUUAGUUUUGAAUAUUCCUGCAUGGUGCUUAUCACCUUUACUGUAUUUUUAAAGUCUAACAUGGAGAAGAACCAAUGAAGUUGCUACGCUGAAUCGCUGAAUGAAGUUGUUUUAUUAAAAACCUUUUACUUCUCGAGAAUCGAUACUGCCUGAAGCUAUGGACAGAGUAGAAUGUAGUAACAAUAGGUAUUCUUAAAUGAUUCUCUAAAAUCAAAAGUGGUUUUACAUACUUAUUGUGAACGCAUAAUGAUAUUAAAUCAGAAUAGGCUAUCCCGUGGUUAGCUAGAUAGCCAUUUUGGAGAACCUAUCGGUUCAUCAGGUCACAGACUCAUACGGUCUACGACGCGAUCAGUUUUCUGACUUGCAAUUUGGUUUUCGGCCUGCUCAUACUACGGAGCUACACGCGGUUAGGCUGGACGAACGAGUAACCAGAGGAUUGACCCUUAUUCAAAGUCCUGGAAUCUUGCUUUUGGAAUUCCCAACAUUAAGCAUCAGGCGUAGUGAGCAAGCAGAAUCGCACAGCAACUAUGUGUUGCGUGAGUCAGUCAGUCAAGCCAGUUCGCAAGCAUAAAAGGCUGUAAUCAAAAUUAAUUUGCGAGUUUAGAACAACAAAAAAUCUAAUAUCUUUAGACCACAUCGAAAUCUGUUAAGUGAUUCUAACAAUGCGCUAACUCCUUCCUGUUUGCUCUCUUCCUCCGCUCAUUUCCUUCCCUUUUUCACUCAAAAUUGUUUGAUUUCUGAGUGACCAGACCUGACAGACUUACAAACUGACAAUACGACACAAGAGCUAUGGUCCCAAAGACCGCUCUGACAACCAACUGCGAUCAGUUCUUCCAACGAAAAUCAACAUAAGUAUAUUGUAUAAUAAUAAAGCUUUUGUUAUUUGUCACCACUGAAGUUACAUUUGACAAUGAACAGCUUUUAGAGCGCACCUAUGACAUAUGAUGCCUGGCUUUUAUAAACUUUUCUAUAGAGCCAUCCAUACCAAAUUGGAAUAUUUCGAGCAGGAGUACUCAUUUCUUUUGGAAGGAAAGCUACAAGGUUUUUGAGAACGGUAAUAUCGAUAUAUUCCUGUUCAAGAACAGGUGCCAUAGUCAGGGAAAGUUAGUGGGCAAUGGGCGAUAGUCAGGAAAACUUGAAACAGAUGGCGUUAGUUAGGUUGGGGAACAUAUCCGUCAUAUCUAUUUAACACACAACAAACAUAUCAAUCAGUUGUUUACGUCAAUAUACGUCAAAACGUAUAAAAUAUGUUACCUUUGAAAGCUUUGACUACCAACUACACAAACGGGAUCAAAAUCUGGCAUCGUCACCAACAGGACUAUUUUUAUUGGUGCCAGAAAAAUCAGUUGACAUCCUUAGAUCCAUCACAGCUACAAUACUAAUUGAUCAAAAGUCGCGCUUGUUUUACACAUAUUUACGGAUAUGCUCACCUCUCUUCAGUUUGCUCGGUUUAUUGCACGUUCUCUUUACCAGCUCCGUUUAAGUGAGGUGAAACUUUCAGACCAACCGCGCAGCUGAGUGAGAUUUGUCAUCGCUUGCAGCUUUUAGGUGGAGUUCAGUUAAUUAUGUGCAAGAUCCUCCAUAUUCAAACUGUGAGAUUUUUGACUUGGGUACAAUUAUUAUAUCAUUGCAGCAAUCGAUACCAGCAGACUACAAGAGCUUUGUCCCAACCUUUAGUGCUAGUAUCGUACCAGAACCGUUUGAUUAUCGUGAAGUACGCUGUUACACGCUUGCGCGUCCUGUCGUGGUUCUGGAAUCGUUUCUGUACUGUAAAAAGUGUUGGAACGGAUUCGGAAUCGUUUUGUGCCUCGAAAUUGACAGAAUCACCAAUGUUGCCUGAUAUACCAAUUUUUCGGCAUAGCUAUGAGGAGCUUUGGAUUUUCUAUUUAAUUCGCUUAUUUAGCGACAAUGUUGUUUACGCUUGACCCUCUUGAAUUAUGACAUUGCUUAAAUAAAGUUAAAUCGUAACAUUAACUUGAUAGACGAUAAUUUGGAAUUAAAAUAAAA